GACGUUUCUCAGUUUCCAGGCAGAAAGAACAGUAAAAAUGUAGGCAGGGCACAGGACAAAGCACUCGGGACAAAAUGUAUGUGAAAUGCUUUGAUACAGUAAUGUUUUACUAUGUGAUUUUAGUGUAUUUAGUGAAUGUCACUUUUUGACAUUUUCAAUUUCCCGACGGGGCGGACUGACAACUCAUGGGGCCCCCGGGCAAUAGGGGAUCAUGGGGCUCCUGUGUCCUUGCCCAAACUCAAAAAAGCCUAUGAAAAAGGUACCAGGGGCAUCUCAUGGGGCCCCCUACUGACCCCCGGGCCCUCGGGCAGUGCCCGAGUUUCCAAAUGGUCAGUCCGCCCC